CAGUCCCAUGAACCAUGAGAUCGUGACUUGAGCUGAAACCAAGAUUUGGAUUCGUAACUGAUGGAGCCACCAAGGCUCCCCAAGGUACACAUUUUUAGUGUAGUAAGGCCAAUAAUAUCUGUUGUUUAAUGAAAAAAGUUUGUGGUAGAUUUAUUCAGAUAGAAAUUUUGACAUAAAGUGAUGAUCGCGGUUCCCCUCUGUUUUAAAUGUUUCAGUGACUAUUUUUGCUAUUUUUUAAACAUGUUUAUAUUAAGGUAUAGUUCACAUACAAUGAUACACUGAUUGCAGGUGCAUAAUGUAGUGAUUUGACAAUUCUGUCAGCACAGUAAGUGUAGUUACCGUCUGUCAUCUGUACACAUUUUGUUGUGUUAUUUUUCAAAGACAUUUAGAAGCAAACUGAUUUCUACAGAAUAGACCAUAAGAAUACUUUUCACCUAAGUGUAAUGUUUUGUGUUUUUUUUUUUGGGGGGGGUGGGGGGUUAGUUUUCUUAAAGCUUUUAAUAAAGUGAUAGAAACCAGUAUUCUUGCAACUAAAAAAUAAAUAAAAAUUUAGUGGGCAUUGCACAAAAUACUUUUCAUGUAUUUUCCGAAACCUGUACCUUUGUUUUGAUCCUUUAACAUUUUGGAUAUGUAUGUGUUCGUACUUAGAAAUUAGAGAUUUCUUCUUGGCUUAAGUAAAAUCUUGAAGGAUUGGUUUAUAUUUAGAUUUCCUGGCUUGAUUUUUGGAAGGUAAUUUUCUAGGAUUAAGAUUGUUAGAAGAAAUUAUUGCUGUUACAGCAAAGCCUUUCAUUUUAAAUCUUUUACUGGUUGUUGGAGCCGUUUGAAUGGCUCAUCAUUAGUGAGGGAAGGGAUCUCCUUUUUCUUUCCGUUGGAAUGUAGUUUUAACUUAGCCACAUCGGAUAUUUUCCUCUUGGUCUCCUUUCUGGUGCUGCUGGGAGCAUGGGAGAUGGAUAUAGGCUGUCACCCCUGUGGCUACAGCUCCAUCUGGCAGCAAUAAAAAAGGCUGCUGAGACUGAAAGCCCCUGAAAAGAACAUGUCUUUUACUUUGAGUGGUAGCCCCUGGGAGGACAUGUAUGCCCAGGACUCUAUAGAGCUACUAACAACAUCUGGCAUCCAGUUUAAAAAACAUGAGGAGGAAGGAAUUGAGACCCAGUACUUCGCAGAACUUCUUAUGACAUCGGGAGUGGUCCUCUGCGAAGGGGUCAAAUGGUUAUCAUUUCAUAGUGGUUAUGACUUUGGCUAUUUAAUCAAAAUCCUGACCAACUCUAACUUGCCUGAAGAAGAACUUGACUUCUUUGAGAUCCUUCGAUUAUUUUUUCCUGUCAUAUAUGAUGUGAAGUACCUCAUGAAGAGCUGCAAAAAUCUCAAAGGUGGUUUACAGGAAGUUGCUGAACAGUUAGAGCUGGAACGGAUAGGACCACAGCAUCAAGCAGGAUCUGAUUCAUUGCUCACAGGAAUGGCCUUUUUCAAAAUGAGAGAAAUGUUCUUUGAAGAUCAUAUUGAUGAUGCCAAAUAUUGUGGUCAUUUGUAUGGCCUUGGUUCUGGUUCAUCCUAUGUACAGAAUGGCACAGGGAAUGCAUAUGAAGAGGAAGCCAACAAGCAGUCAUGACAUGAAAUAGUCCUUUUAUUUUUAUUUGAGCUACACACAAGCUUGGAUAUAGGUUUUAUCUCUGGUUGAAUCCCUUGAACGAUAGAUGAUACUAUUUUUUUUUUUUUCUUUCAUAGCCCAUUUUAUUUUCUGCCUUCCAGUACUAGUAUGACCAUUCCUAUCUCAGAUCUUAAUAACUAGAAAAGCAUUCAGGUUAAAUUUGGCCUUAAUAUACUUGUUAGCAGGCAUGUGUGACAGAGAGUGGGGAAAGCUGCAUCAUAUUGAGUAUUUUGAUAAACUUUACCUGCUUGGGCUUGGUUUGUUUUUCCCCCUUCGUAAAUUAACUAGCACUGACUGUAAUUUAUUUCCCUGUUUCAUGUCUCCCUUCCAUUCUACAGGAGUUUUAGCUAUUUUGAGAUUGUGGACCAUCAAUUUUGCACUUUAGAGAGUGAUUCUGACUCAAAUCCUCUGUUUUAUCAGAAAUUUUGGCUUUUCUUGCUCUUAGCUGGAAAAAUGACCAUCUGCCAAUCUUAUACAGUAUUUACUUGUUUUUGACCCAUGGAAAUAGCACAUGUAUUGUGCAAACGGUUGAUUCAGCAAGACUACAGAAAAAAAAAAAAAAAGACAAAAAAACUACUGAGGAGCUUAGUAACUGCUGUUUCUGUACGUAGUGUUUCAUCUUCCAAGCACAUCUAGUGUCUUUCAGUGUCUCAUUGGCAUGUGUAGGCUGCUCUGACCGAAGAAUUUUUCAAACCAGCUUUACACCCUUCAGGAACAAUCCCUUGUGAUUGGAUAUUUAGUGUCUGCCAGGAAACUGGUAUCCAAGAUAUUGAAGCUGCAGUUAUUUUAUGAUAGCACACUUCCCUUUGAUCUGCUUCUUUUUAUUCUGUCACUGUUUACCCUGUUUUUAAUUUUUAAAAAAUUGUAUAGCCAUGCUUAACGACACUCUUACUUUGUUGAUUCCACAAAUCAGUUUCUUUAAAGUCCAAAGAUAGCAAGUCUUUAGGUAUAUUUUGUACCAGAUUAAAUUAGAAGAAAAAAUUGUGCUUUCAUAGUUGUUACAAAGAUGAAUAAUGCAGAGAUUUGGUGCACAACAACAAAAUACAAAAAUAUAUUCUAUAUAUAAAGUCAUAUAUAUACAUACACACAUACGUACAUAUAUAUAUGUACGUAUGUGUGUAUGUAUAUAUAUGGCUAUAUAUAGCUAAUAAAAUGACCUGAGGAGUGUAAUGCUUGUUUAUUUUUUUGUGUAUAUCUUUGCAAUCUAUUUUAUAUAUAUUGACAAGAGAGACUGUGAAAUAUUUAGCCAUGCAGAAUAUGUGACCAGACCAGAGCAUGUGUAGGAAGACAUUUUGGUAAUCAUUAACUCUGCCCUGAAAUGAUAGACUGCAAGUUACGAUGUGUGUUAUCUACAUUUCAAUCAGUAAUACUAGCAAAUUUCCACAUGUUAGCCACAUUGGUUUGUUUCCUUUGUACAUUCUUUAUUCAUGAUAUUAAAAUGCUGUAACUGGGUGGUCCUUUUUAAACAAAACGUUAUUUGCAAAACAGAGGGUAUUAUUUGUUUUUAAAGCUUUUGUAAAUAAAGGCUUCGGAAAUGUUUUCUUAUA